CUUUUCUUUCACAAUUAAAACAAGUGUGAUCAAACAAGGAAAGAAGCUCUAAACUCAUAAAAAAAAAAUGUCUCUAAUCACAGAAGAUAUCAAAGCCAAAGCUGAUGAGCUCUACUAUGGAGAUGAGAUGUGCCAAAUCAAAUCAAGGGAGCUGCUCAAAGAAAUGGAUCUUCCAAAUGGGCUGUUGCCAAUGAAAGAUAUGGAGGAAUGUGGGAUUGUGAAAGAGACGGGGUUUGUUUGGCUGAAGCAGAAGAAAAGCUACACUCAUAAGUUUAAAGACAUUGAUAGGUUGGUUACUUAUGGCACCGAAGUUACAGCCUAUGUGGAGAAAAACAAGGUUAAGAAGCUUACUGGAGUUAAGGCUAAGGAGCUCAUGAUUUGGCUCCCACUCUGUGACAUCUAUGUUAAUCAACCACCGAACGGGAAAAUCACGUUCAAGUCUACGACUGGACUGUCAAGAACUUUCCCCGUGUCAGCCUUUCAGGUUGAAGAAGAAGUCAAGGUUGUGGAAGAGAAGGAGAACAAAGAGAGGGAGAACAAAGAGAAGGAGAAAAAAGAGAAGGAAAACAAAGAGAAGGAAGUAGUGAACGGAGCAGUUGCAGCUGCAGCUAUUGAGGUGAAGGAGGUUUGAGUUUAUUUCUUUGAAGUUACAAGGGGCUCUCUCUUCCUCUUUAUUACUGGUUUGUUGUUGGCUCAAAUAUGUUAGCUAUAUGUUCUUUUUUUUCUUUUUUUUAUGUUGACAGUUUAUUUUAUUGAAUAAACAUUGGUAUGAAGUUUACUUACUGUAAUCGUGUUAAACAAAGCUUUAAAUGGCUUUUCUGGGCGGGGGAGGGAGAUGGAUGACUUUUAGCGAAUGGAAAUGUAUUAUUGUCAAAUAAUUUACACAUAAGAUGUUCAAGGAGAGCCCACAGAUCAAUAUUCAGGCUCUCUCUCAGUUCUAAAAAAAUCUAUUGCCAAUCAACUAUAAUUAAUUGGCUGACAGUAUCA